AUUGGGUUUUAACGGAAAGUUCCUCAUACGAAUGUUUGGAAGUGAGGAAAAAAAACAAAAAGCCAGGGGGAUAUUUCAAGCCUCUGCCCCCAUUGGCAAUAUUCUGAGGCUUGCCCAGAUCUUGAUCUUAGCAGCUUGGUCUUGCCCAAAAGUUUACUUCCUGUAAUUUUAAUUGGUGGAGCCUGGGGUUUUGUGUUGCCUUAGGAAAUGGGGGUUAUGUCAAGGCGGGUUGUGCCUGUCUGUGGUAGCCUCUGUUUCUUCUGUCCCUCAUUGCGUGCGAGGUCCAGACAGCCCGUGAAACGGUACAAGAAGUUGGUCUCAGAGAUAUUAAAGGAUGCUGAACCAAAUGAUAGGAAAAUUGGGAAACUUUGUGAAUAUGCUUCGAAGAAUCCAUUGCGUAUCCCCAAGAUUACCGAUCAAUUAGAGCAGAGAUGUUACAAGGAUUUGCGGAAUGAGAACUUUAGAUCCGUAAAAGUUGUGUUGUGCAUUUAUAGGAAGUUGCUAUCAUCAUGCAAGGAACAGAUGCCACUAUUUGCUAGUAGUUUAUUAGGGGUUGUUCGAACUCUUUUAGAACAAACUCGGCAGGAUGAAAUGCAGAUUUCAGGAUGCAAUAUUCUUGUUGAAUUUGUAAAUAGCCAGAUUGAUGGUACAUACAUGUUCAACUUAGAGGGUCUCAUUCCGAAACUUUGUCAAUUGGCUCAAGAAUUUGGAGACAAUGAAAGAGCAUUAUGUUUACGUUCAGCAGGACUCCAAGCUUUGGCUUUUAUGGUACGGUUCAUGGGUGAGCACUCCCAUAUCUCAAUGGACUUUGAUAAUAUCAUAUCAGUGACCUUGGAGAACUACAUGGAUCUCCAAAUGAGCUCCAAGAAUGGAAAGGAAGAUGUCUUACACUCUCAAUCCCAGGACCAGUGGGUUCUAGGAGUGGUUAAAGCAGAGGAACAUGACUCAUCUUUCCCCGAUAUCAGCAAGAAGGUUCCUUCGUUGCCAAGUGCUCUGACUAACCCUCAUUUGGACCCCACCAUUGAUGCUUCCCAAAGUCCUGCUUACUGGUCAAGGGUUUGCUUGCGUAAUAUGGCCAGAUUGGCAAAGGAAGCCACAACAGUGCGGCGUGUGCUUGAACCCCUUUUUCAUAGUUUUGAUGCUGAAAACCACUGGUCUCCAGAAAAAGGAAUUGCCUCUUCUGUUUUGAUGUAUUUGCAGUCACUUUUGGAGGAAUCAGGAGAUAACUCCCAUCUCUUAUUGUCUAUCCUGGUCAAGCACUUGGAUCAUAAGAAUGUCAUCAAAAAACCUCUUGUACAGAUAAAUAUUGUUAAUGUCACCACAAAACUUGCAAAAAAUGCAAAGCCGCAGGCCUCAGUUGCGAUCAUUGCUGCAAUAACUGACCUGAUCAAAAAUUUACGGAAGUGCCUGCAAAAUUUAGCCGAAGUACCCAGCCCUAGAGAUCUUACAGAUAAGUGGAAUACUCUUCACUCGGCUCUUGAAAAAUGCAUUUCACAGAUGUCAAUUAAGGUGGGAGAUGUGGGACCUAUUCUUGAUUUGAUGGCAGUGGUGCUCGAGAAUAUCCCAACAACUGCUGUUGUGGCUAGAACAACACUCUUUGCUGUAUUCCAAACUGCAAAGAUUAUCUCUCCCAUCCCUAAUGUAUCUUACCACAAAAAGGCUUUUCCUGAUGCUCUGUUUCACCAACUGCUCGUAGCAAUGGCCCAUCCAGACCCUGAAACACGAGUUAGGGCACACAGUGUUUUCUCCAUGGUGCUUAUGCCAUCCCUUUUUUGUUCUUGGUUAGACCAGAACAUCAAACCUUCAUCAGAAGUCUCUAGGUUUUCAUCAGUUGGUACAUUGCAAACAGUAAGGAAUGGAAGCUUCUCCAUUCAGGACGAAGAUAAAGACACCACAGAACCCAUGAAUGUUGAUCAGAGAAGUCAAAACUCAGUUGUGGAUUUGGAACAAUCUGGAAUUAAUCCAUCACCUGAUCACUCUUACAGUUUUAAGCAUGCUUUGGCUGGUGGAAAACUGGAGCUAACUUCACUUCGGUUGAGCAGUCACCAAGUCAGUCUCUUGCUUUCAUCUAUUUGGGUUCAGGCAACAUCUGCAGAAAACACUCCUGCAAAUUUCGCAGCAAUGGCCCACACUUACAACAUUGCUUUACUUUUUACCCGAUCUAAGACCUCCAGUCAUGUGGCACUAGUAAGAUGUUUCCAGCUGGCAUUCUCCCUUCGAAGCAUCUCUCUAGAUCAAGAAGGAGGUUUACAACUAUCUCGCAGAAGGUCUCUCUUUACCUUGGCAUCAUCAAUGCUAAUAUUUUCAGCCAGGGCAGGCAGUCUCCCAGAGCUAAUUCCUGUUGUCAAAGCAUCCUUGACAGAUAAAAUGGUUGAUCCUUAUCUUGAAUUGGUCGACGAUAUCCGGCUACAGGCUGUCUCUAUAGAGUCUAAUAAAAAGAAGAUAUUAAAUGGAACACAGGAAGAUGAAGUUGCUGCAUCAAAAUCUCUCUCAGCAAUAGAGUCAGAUGACCAACAGUUGAAACAAACUGUGAUAUCACACUUCAUGUCUAAAUUUGCAACAUUGUCAGAGGAUGAGUUGUCAAGCAUAAAGAACCAACUCUCACAGGGAUUUUCUCCUGAUGAUGCAUAUACCAUAGGACCUCCGUUGUUUAUGGAGACGCCACACCCUUGUUCCCCUCUUGCCCGCAUGGAGAUUCCAGAGUUUGAUGAGGCGUCAGGAGCAUUGACGGAUGAAGAAGCCUUCCCUGAACCAAGUGGAAGUCAGUCGGGUCGCAGAACAUCACUUUCUAUUAAUACCACCCUUGACAUUAUAAGUGUUAAUCAGCUUUUGGAAUCAGUUUUGGAGACAGCUAGACAAGUUGCUAGCUUCCCAGUUUCUUCUAUGCCAAUACCUUAUGACCAAAUGAAGAGCCAGUGUGAAGCCCUUGUGACAGGGAAACAGCAGAAGAUGUCAGUGCUUCAAAGUUUCAAGCAUAAACAAGAGUCAAAGGCAAUAAUUCUCUCUGAUCAAAAUGAAAAGAAAUUAUGCCUUUUUCCAUCCAAGGCAACAGAGUUUUCAGAAGGAGAUCUAAAGCUGAUAAAUGUGGAGCCAAUUCGGGUGCAUGAUCAGCUUCAGCUCUGUUCACUUGAGUAUGGACAGAAUUCUUUCAGAUUACCUCCUUCAAGCCCUUUUGACAAAUUCUUGAAAGCAGCUGGAUGCUAAUAGAAUUGGUUGUCAUGCAUUAAUGUAACUAUCUAUUGUUCAUUUUCUUUGUUCUCUUUUUUCUUCUCCAACGAGUCGGGUAUUUUUUCAUUCUUUAGCUUUAGUACAGAUCAGUUUCUAGUUUUAAAUGUAUGAAAUGAGCAGGGACGAGAGUGCGUGUUGGAGAAAAUUGGUUGUCUUUUGCAAGAACAUAUUUGAAUAUUUGGCAAUAGUUGUUAAUAUUUAAAUAGAUGCA